AUGCCCUUCUUCAGCCGCAGUGAGCCAUCGCCAGAGCCCGUCUACCAGCCGGAGCCCGUGGCCGAGCCUCCCAGCCGCAAGCACAGCCUGUUCCAUCGCAACCGCGAUGUCUCUCCCACCUCGUCCCACCGCACCGGCUCCGUGGCCAGCUCCAACAACGGCGGCCCGGGCUACAACGCCGCCGGCAGCAACUCGGGCGGCGGCCUCUUCCGGCACAGCACCGACAGCUCGGCGGGCAGCAGGCGUCGAGGCCUGUUCCACCGUGACGGCGGCGGCAUGCAGUCCCUGGACCCGAGCAUCUUGCAGGCCAGGGAGCAUGUGAUGCACGCUGAGGCAGCUGAGGUGGAGGCUGAUCGAGCGCUGGGAGAGGCGAGGAUGAGAGUGAGGGCUGCGAAGGACCAUGUUUGGAGAUUGGAGGAGGAGGCUAAGGAGGAGGCGAGGAGGGCCAAGAUUAAGCAGGAGCAGGCUCGUGAGGUGUCUAAGAGAGGACAGGGACUUGGACGUCACGGCUUGUAA